AUGUGCAGGGGGGUUUACUCGCCUGUGCUCGUGCGGGCAUGGGAGGAGUGGGCAGAUGAGAACGAGUCACUCAACGACCAUCCAGGCAUCUUCCCUUCUGACCAGGCAUACGUUGUCUUUAUUCUGGAGAUGGGCGGCAGCGACUUGGAGAAGGCUCCAGUGCGUUCCUUUGAUGAGGCACGCAGCAUCCUGCUGCAGGUGGCAGCAGGGCUGGCAGUGGCGGAGGCAGCGUGUCAGUUUGAGCACCGCGACCUGCACUGGGGCAAUGUUCUCAUUCAUCGCACACAGGCGAGUGGGCCACAAAGGGCAGGCAAGGGCAGGAGUGCCGCUCACAGGAGCGAGCAGGCAAAGGCUCUGAGUGACUGCACUGCGAGCAUGAACAGCACUGGGAACAGUAGUGCUUCCAGCAACGUAAGCAGUAACAACAGUGGUAGCCGCAAGGGAGAGGGCGAGAGCGGGCAGUGGUUCAGGCUGAACGGGCAGCAGCGGAGCUUCCAUGACAAGGGCGUUCGUGUGGCCAUCAUUGACUUCUCCCUCUCUCGUCUCCAGUCAGGUGCUCGAGUGCAUUUCAGCAACCUCUCCCAAGAGCCAUCCAUUUUCCAGGGCGAUAAGGGCCACCCCCAGUUUGACACGUACAGAGAGAUGAAGAACAAGACCAAAGGACGCUGGGAUAGAUGGUGUCCUCAGACCAACAGCCUCUGGCUCAAAUACUUAGCAGAGAUGCUGCAGACGGGCAAGAAGAUUCGCUUCAAGGCCAGCGAGAAGAGGGCCAUCAUCCAGUUCAAGGAGCGCAUGGCUGCAUGCCGUUCUGCAAAAGCUGCGCUUGAUGAUGAGCUCUUCAACAACCUUUGGCGCUCCUAG